AAAAGUGCCAAAGUGAUAAUGCGAGUGACUUCGGUGGCAGUUUGCAUACUUUUCGUCGUGAGUUUGACGGUGGAUUCCGGUGAUGCCGGCAAGACGAGCUCCAGUGCCAAGUGUGAAAAAUCGUUGACGACCGCCAGUGGAUCGAAGGUUGCUGCCGGAACAUACUGCACAGGUGAUUUGAUAUUUGAGGAUACCUUCGACAACUUCGAUUUGGACACGUGGCAACAUGAGAACACUUUAGCUGGCAGCACUAACUGGGAAUUCCAGUGGUUCACCAACAAUCGGUCCAACUCGUACGCAAAGGAUGGAAACCUCUACAUUCGACCUACUUUGACGGUAGAUGAAUUCGGCGAAGCAUUUCUUCGAUCUGGUGUCUUGAAUAUCCACGGUGGAGCACCAGCGGAUCAGUGCACCAAACAUAGCUUUCUCGGUUGUGAACGAACCGGUAGCCACUUCCAGAUCCUAAAUCCGGUGAAAAGUGCCAGCCUUCGAACGGUUAAUUCAUUUGCGUUCAAGUAUGGAAAAGUUGAGAUCAGUGCUAAAAUGUCAGCCGGAGAUUGGUUGUGGCCAGCCAUUUUGUUUCUUCCGAAAACCAACUCAUACGGAGUGUGGCCAGCUUCGGGAGAAAUUGACCUACUGGAGACGAAAGGUAACCGUGAUUUGAUUAAGAAUGGGAUCAACGUAGGCGUGGAGCAGGUGACAUCAAAACUUCAGUUUGGUCCGAGUGAAACCUUCAAUGCUGGUUCGACGUCAACUUUUACGCGUAAUUCUGAAUCUGGCAAGGGUUACCACACCGGAUUCAAUCGUUACCAGAUGGAGUGGACACCGGAUCACAUUACGUUCAGUAUCAACGAUAUCGAGACGGGAACGGUGAAGCUUGGAACCGGUUUCUGGACCCGUGGCAACUUCAACGUCACUGCACCGGGAUUGGACAAUCCGUGGCGUUACGGUAGCAUGAUGGCACCGUUUGAUCAGGAAUUUUAUUUGAAAAUUUCUCUGGCAGUCGGAGGAACGGAAUACUUUUCCGAUGACGAUAUUAACCCAACGAAAAAACCAUGGACCAAUGAAUCUCCCCAUCCGAUGACGGAUUUCUGGAACGGUAAAAACAGUUGGUUGCCCACGUGGAAUCUGGACGAGAAUGACGUUGCGAUGCAGGUGGACUACAUUCGGGUGUGGGCGUUGUAAGAUUUUGGCUACAAGUGAUCUAUUAUGUCAUUGUUUACUUAUGCACAAGAAGCAUUCUUUUAAUAAUUUAUGCUCUAAAUAAACAGUAAAAAUAUCGUUA